UCUCAAAACGCAAGAAACUUUCGUAGCGAACGGACGUGGUUUUUCGGUUUCUACACGAACAUUUUUUGUUGUGAACGCGGGCGUUACCAACAAAUAAAUGCAAUAAACGUAGACAAACGACAAUUGUUUUCACGGCGUCCGCGUUUCCAUGCUGUUUUGACAUUUCGUUUUAUAAAUAUUUCUUAGUUUUUAUAAUCGAGUAUUGUACAAGUAAAAAGUGAUGUGAAAUAUUAUGCGUUUAGUGACAAACAAACGCAAUUUCGCCGCCGUCAACGUUCAUAAAUGUAAGCCGAAGCGAGAAUAAAAUGAUGUGGAAUAACGGCACCCGAAAAGUCCGAUAUACAAAUAUUAACGAUAAACAAAAAUAUAGGUGUACGCAACAUGAUUGCAGCAUUGAAAAAUGGCUAUAACGGAACUAACCGAACGUAAAACUUUCUGUGGAUGUGAAUCAAGCAAACCCCAAAUGUUUGCCAAUGAGUACGAUAUAAUAUUUCUUAUCAAUUCCAAUAUGAAUCUUUAAAUAAUUGUGCUUGAACCCCGCGCAUACAUAUCAGAAAUUGCAAUACACCAACAUAUCACAACAUAAGAUUGAUCUAUUUUACACAAAAAGGAUAAUAAGGAUGUCAUGGAUGAACCCUACCAAUAAAAGUUCAUAUCAAAGCAAUUGAAUCAAGGUCAUAUCACGGCUUAAAGCCUUAUAAGCGAAACAGAGGAACUAGAGACUACAGUGAUACCCUAGUCAACGUCUAAUAAAUAUAUGUAUAUACAUUCAUGUACAUAUAUGUUUGUACUAACUCUAUAGUUACUCUAAUUAGAAACAAGUAACAGUAACAUAAACCACUCCUAACCCACCGUACAUAUCACAAACCAAUCCAAACCUCCACUAGCCGGGCCUUAUGAGUGCGUUCUAAUAAAGUUGAUUAACUUAAAUAAUGCACAUUCGAUAAGAUCGAUGUUACCAAAAAAAUUGAUGUCUCUCCAUGAUAUUCCCAAGCGAAAAGAAAAAAGAACUAUGGCGUUAUGCGUCAAGAAACAAUCCGGCUACGUGCGAUGCGGAUGGGACACCGAUACCCACGCAGCAACUACAGCCGCUUCACCCUCCACAUCAACGCCACCUUCAAACAUGCGCCAGCUGCUGCUGCUGUGCGGAUCAGUCUUCGGUGAUGCGGCAGCUGAACAGCCCCCCGCCACCAUACUGUUCAAUACCCUGCUCCAUAGACUGCUCAGGCUCUUAUCAUCUCAUCCACUGUCACCAGCAGCCAACACUGGACCAGCAGCCACCUUCGUACCGCACAGAUGGGGAAGCAGACAUGUCCGUGUCCGCCUCGGCGACAGAGGAAUCGGACUAUUCCUUUAUCAAAGAUGGAUGCAGCUACGCAAGCUCUGGCGAAGACAUGUUGAGCGACGAAAACGGACCUUGUGGGGUGCUGGUGCCUCCGUGUUCCAAUGCACACCCAUCGACUCCCGCGGCGACCUUUGCGACGACAGCGGCGAAUAUGUUUCGCAACUGCUGCGGGGGCGGCGACGCGACAGAAUCGAGCACUGGAUUCUUUUCGAAAACGACCCCGCCCGACAACAGAUGCCACAUCCUGAGCCGUCAGUACACAUCCACUCCCACCUGCCCAAUGCUACCCCACUCACCAGCGUUGUCCACAGGUGGAGCAGUAAUGACUGCAACUUUUCGCCACCGUACACCGAAUCAGAUCUUCAAUGCGCUGCUGAAAAAGCUGAAGAACAAGCAGAUAGCCGAGCUACUCCAGGCAGUAAAAAGCCGCGUAGAUCCGCCUCACAAGCGCGACUCGCUUGCGGCAAACCGGGCUCUCAUAUCCACCUGUCCGAGCUAUUUGCAGUGCAUUCUGAUCAAGUGCACUUCGCCCAUGGACGAGCUGCAGCACGUAACCACGUGCCAGCUUUUUUUUUGGUCCGACCUCAGGGAUGCCAAAGAGCUAAGGCGCCUGCCCACUUGCCCCAGUGCGCUGGAUUCCGUCUACAUCUGCUGCAACCCACUGCACUGGUAUCGCAUACACCCUCCAAUCGAUACAGAAUCCGCACUCCCGCCGUAUCAUCGAUCAAAAAUGUUGAGACUAAGAGAUAAAGAUACUGAGGAAAGCUCUCAAAACAACGAAAGGCUGUCAGUGGCAGCGUGGGGCAUGCAGGGCAACAAUAACAUCAAGCAAAUGGAAUCGCAGUUGUAUGUCCCGAGAAUCGAGUCUUUUACCACAGAUGGAAAAGAUCGGAACGCCACCAAUUGGGUAUGGUGUCAGAUUGCCUAUUGGGAACUGGCCCAGCGCGUUGGUGAUCUGUUUCACGCCAGGAAGUCAGCAGUCAAUAUAUACGCUGAUGGACCAGUUGACUGCGCCGGAGAGAGCAUGUGUUUGCGUGAACUGAGUGGGAAGAGGAGACCGCUGGAUACUGUGCAAAGCACGCGUCAAAAGGUCGGUCUGGGCUUAACUCUUAGUCUGGAGUAUGGUGACGUGUGGAUCUAUAAUCGCAGUAAUGUGCCGUUAUUCGUGGACUCGCCAACGCUGGCCGAACGCUUGGACCGGGUUUGCAAAGUGAUGCCUGGCUAUUGUCUCAAGGCCUUCGAAACACAAAACAGGGCUCAAUGGCUGGCUGGAAAGCAGUCGCAACAGACCCAUCUAGGGCCUAUCGACCGAUUUAGCAUGAAGAUCAGCUUUGCCAAGGGCUGGGGUAACAUGUACAGGCGACAGGAUGUUAUGGGCUGCCCCUGCUGGCUUGAAGUUCACUUCAACCAUCUGCGGUGACAGUUUCAGCUUCCGGUGGGCGCCAAUUGCUUUACGGCAGCGGCAGCGCUAUGUUUAACUGGGAUGGUCUGCACGAAUCCAAUGUGCUGUAGGCCACAUGUGCUCCACCGGUUGCGACAGCUCCUUCAAAUAGUUCAAAAACGGAUUUCGGGACUAGGCAGUAAAGCAAGUAUACUGAGACUACAAGCAAUUGUUACAAAGAGUUUUAAAUUGCGCCAACUGGACUAGCAAACAACUAAUAAGUUGGGGCAACAAUGGACUGCAAAUUAUAUACUUUUAAAAGUUUAACUCAAUUAUGGAAAAUGUUUUAAUAAAUGCUAUAUCGAAAUUAACUUAUGGAUAAAGCAUGCGCAGCAACGGAGAUAGAAGUGUUAAAUUCAAAUAGUAAUUGAUUGUUAAACAUAGCUAAAAAUAAAAUCCUGUGAUUCACUGUAUAUGUACAUUUGCAUAUGUAUGAAGUAUGUAUGAAUUACAAUCUAAAAUAUUUAAGAAUGUAGGAAACUAUAACUCGGUAAGAGUAACAAUUUCUGAUUUAUGUACAAAUACUUAAUUCAUGUACAUAUGUUAGUAUGCAUAGUCUAUACACGUCGCUCAUUCACUUGAAGACUGUCGUAAGUCACAAAAUGCGACUAUCAUGUAUAUAUUGUACAAAAUUCAUAUUUAUAUCUUGUAUACUCUUUAAUUGAGAAGAUAUUUAUUUAAAAAUUUGUCUGCAAGGCGGUACUCAAUGGAAAAUAUUCAACGUAUUUUCUGAUAAAUCGUAUAUUUGUUUAAGUUUUGACAGUAGUCAAGUAAAUGAGUGAUAUGUUCUUAACAAUGAAUGAAACGAUUGAAAAACAGAGGUGCACAUUUCAGUAAUAGCGGAUGACAUACAUACAGGCAUUUGACCAU